AUGACUGAAGUUGAUUUAUCAAACCAACCAAUUCCUGAAGUUGAUAUUGCUAUGGAAGAACUUGCCCAACACAAGGGUGAAAAUGAUUUACCAAUCUGGAUCGGAGUCAAUGGUUUGGUCUUCCAAGUUAACGAAGAAAAGAGACACAUGUAUCAACCAGGAACUGGAUAUAGUAUUUUUGCUGGAACUGAUGCUACUAGAGCUCUUGCCAAGUCAAGUGUCAAUGCUGCUGAUCUUGAACCAUAUGGAAGUUUGGAAGGUUUGACUGAGAAGGAAAUGAAUACACUCAAUCAGUGGAUUAGUUUUUACAAGAAGAGAUAUGUCAUUGUUGGUAAAAUAAAGAAGGAUUAA